UGUCACAUCAUACUACAACGACACUUGACAAUUCACACUCGGUAGACGUAAACAUGACCAUGCAUACCAAUCGAUAGUUGUACCCCAUUUUCAGUACUAGUGAGGACACAGAAGAUGGCUGCCUACACGUGUUUAUUGUUCGCUACAGUGGUGGACACUGUGACGUCUAUAUGGGUUUAUGUGGCCAGGGAUAUGCCGCUCUCUAUCAUAGCCCAGGUGAUGUACCUGCCAGGUGCCAUGUCACUCGCCUUUGUGGAUUACGUCAGCGCCUUUCUAUGGCAGAUAAUAGGCCGUCAAUCGUUCUACACUAGCGUUAUCUUCUCCGGGAUGGCAAUAGUGAUGACUUACGUGUUGGUGUACGGAUGUGUAGGACUGGGUGUCAGUCUCGGAUGGGCAGUUAAGACCAAACCUGCUCCACUACCUGCGCGAAACCCGGUGUCGAUCACAGGAUUUCUCAGAGCAGCCGGAGAGGAGAUUGGGUGGCGCUGUUACCUUCUGCCCUGUCUUAUGGCUUAUUUCACACCACAGAUAGCGCUUCUGAUCAGUGGAAUUGCUUGGGGAUUUUUUCACGUAGCUGUCAUGAUCUUGCUUACUAAGAAGUUGAAAACGGAACAUCCGGUUCGGACGAUCGUUGUGCAAUGCUUGUCUUGUGUAAUAUCCGCCUUUCCGCACGGCUGGCUCGCCAUUAAGGCUAGCUAUUCCAUGUGGCCGAGUACACUGCUGCAUUGUUGGUGGAACAGUCUGAACCCCCGGGUCCUCGGGAGUAUUUAUACCAACACCCCCGGGACCUACUGCGGACCACAGUGGAAGAUAAACGGCGAGGGGCUGUCUGGUUGUAUUAUUAUGUUGCCCGUAGCUUUAUUCAUAUGUCUGGAACUUAAUCAAGUUGUUUACUGACUUUUGGGAGCUCUUUUUUAUUAGCAGUCGCCCUGCCGUUUACCACUAAUUUAUCCAAAACAUUAAUAUCAAGUUUUUUUUGGUGAUAUUGUGUUAACUAGAACCAUUUACGGAAUUCAUGACCAUAUUUAUAUUAAGCUGUUUUUUGUGUGUUGACGUUCUGAUAAAUCUAAUUAUACAUCCAGGAAACCAUGAAGUGGAAAAUUUAAUACCUCAAGGGAGUGUGCUGCUUAUGUCAGAUAUAUUACCACAUGGAGUUUUUACCUGAUGGUGUUUGAAAACGUUUUAUCAUUUUUAAGCAUAAUAUGUAACAUUAUCCUGGUUUACGUAAGAAUGGGAAUAGUGUUUUUAGGUCAGUUUACCCAAAAGAUCAUGAUCAUGAUGACUUAAACUCAUCCCGUUUCGUCCGCCGUCUUGCCAUAACGAAAAAUACGUAAAAUUUUAACUGUAUGUAUUGUUCUACCAUACGUAAA